UGCUCAUUAAAUGCCAUUAUUAAGCUUCACUUAGAAGUGAAGAUCAAGGGAUGAAGGCAAUUUCAUUAGAAAAGCCAGAAAAAAAGGAUAAAGCAGAGCCAGAACCCUAAAGGUACACGGAAUAGACCAUACCAUACACAAAUUGUUGUGAUGUAAUUGACAGGAUUGUACCAAAUGGGCAGAAGUGCAGUGUUUAUGGCAUCAUUUUAUGUAGUUUUAUUGGCAGCACAGGAAUUCCUUAUCAUGCCACCUGCCAUACUUCAGAUCUGUUUCAAAAUGAUUUCACUGUAAUCGCAGUCAAUGAGUGAGUGAGCACUGAUUUUACAACAAGGCGCUGUAAACGAGGAAAAUUUAAAUGUGGCCACAGCCACAUCACAUCAUGUGCUUUGAUUUCGCAUUAACCACACUGACUCAGAGUGAAGGAUGAGGAUUUCGCGGUGAUCACAGAUGAGUCAGUGAGUAGAUGUCAGUGGCCAAAAAUGAGCAUGAAAGAAUAUCGAUUCCACUGUGAAAUCGGUCAGUGAGCGAAAAUGACAGUAAAUCGUAGGUACUGAUUUCACUGAGAUCACGGUUAAUGAGUAAUUACGGCGGUGACAAGUGAGUGUAAAAAUCGGUAAUGAUUUUACGGAGUCACUCAGUGAGUAAGUGAAAUGUCAGCAAACACUUCUUGUAAAAACAUCCGUAACUGAGCGAUGAUUCCAUUGUGACAAGUCAGCAAAUAUGAGUGAAUCAGUACUUAUUUUGUUCGAGUACAAAUGAAAGGAAAGGCAAGCUGUACCGAUUUCACCGAUUUCGCCGUGACCAGCGACCAAACGCGACAGUAAACGCACACGGCGCGGUAAAUGCGACGCUAAACGCGAGGCGUGUGCAGGCCCCUUUAAGGCACGCGGAGGGGGAGGUGGCAGAGGAACUUGGCGAGGCGCCGCACAGUGCUCCCAACUUCACGGCGAUUCUUUUCCACGAAACUGUCCUAAAAGAAGGUGAAACUCUCUCCGGUUCCUCACACACGCGUCCGUGUUUACCCCGGGCUUCCUCUGGGUCAAUAAUGCCGGAUGGUCGCGCUCAUGAGGUUCACCAGGGACAUCUGCAGGCUCUUCGGCAUCGGAGGCGGUCCAGCCGAACAGCACAAUGAGCUGAUGGACUGCGAAGAUGGGGCGGUUCCCGAACAGAGUCCCAAGGAUGCAGCUACGUCUCAGGAUGGCCUGGCAGGAGAGGAGAGCCUCACUGAGGAGGAGCGUGCCAGGCGGAGAACAGAGCGACGCAGAGCCAAGAGGAUGAGACGGCGAGAGCGGAAGAAAAGUGGAAAGCAAAUGGGGAAGAACGAAACCACUCAACAGGAUGAUGAAGGGGAGGAAAAUGGUGCCCAGUCAGAAUCUGAAGGAAGCGGGAGUGAGAAGGAGGAUGAGGCGGAGGUCUGUGCAGACAGGCCUGCUCGCCCGCUGGCUGCUUCCAAGAACAAGGGUGACCGACAAGCCCCACUGAGCUCCUGCGAAGAGGAUCCAGGGUGGGAUGUGAGCAGCGCUUUCGUUGCCAAUGCUGCCAGUCACAUUAGACCAAAAGGCCGGACCUGUCGUGCUCAGGGUUCCAGAGAGAACAAGGAGAAUGAGGCCAGGACCAAAGAGGAAGCAGCGCCAGAUCCAGUCACCAGGCGGAGCACCUUGUUGGCACAAAAGGGAAUCAAGCUGUGGGAGCAGGAGCAGUAUUCUCAGGCCGUCAGUAUGUUUACAGAGGCGAUUCACUGUAACCCUAAAGACCACAGGUUCUUUGGUAAUCGCUCCUGCUGCUACGCGUGCCUAGGGGAGUACUCAUCCGCCCUCUUGGAUGCUGAAAAGGCCAUUGAGCUGGCACCCCAGUGGCCCAUGGGAUUUUAUCGCAAAGGACGUGCCCUAAUGGGAAUGAAGCGGUACAGUGAGGCGGAGAGAGCCAUGGAGCAGGUGCUAAAGCUGGAUCCGAGCUGUGACGAUGCUGACUAUGACCUUGUCAACUGCAGGAUCCUGCAGCUUAUGGAACUGGGCUUUGAGGAAUCUCAGAGCAGACAACUGCUGGAAAAGUACACCAGUGUGCAGGAUGCGCAGAACUCCCCUGAGGCAGCCAGAAUGCUGGACCUUGAGUCACUGCAAAAUCUGUCAGAGAUGCCAUGCCCAUCAUUAUGGGUAGGAAACAUCACCAUGGAUGUCACCGAGAAGCAUCUGCGAGACCUCUUCAAAACCUGCGGAGAGAUCGAGAGCAUUCGCGUCCUGCAUGAACGUUUCUGCGCCUUUGUCAACUUUAAGAACACCAACAUGGCUACCCAUGCCAUGGAGAAGUUACAGGGUGUGAAGAUAGAGAAUACCAAACUUGUGAUUCGAUAUCCAGACCGUCGGGCUCAGAGGUCUACAGGUUCCCCACAGAAAGCCACAUCCAGUGGCGCCCAGCUGGUUACCCAACAGGCUGCAAGUAGCGGGUCCAGGCGGAAGGGCCCGAUCAACGGGGACGAGUGUUACUUCUGGAGAACCACAGGUUGUCACUUUGGGGACAAGUGCCGCUACAAGCACAUCCCGGCGCAGCAGGGCAAGGACAAAAAACCUUGGCAGCCUCAGUAGUGCCCUCUUCGCUACCAACCACACACUCUUUUACCCUGGAAAACAAAAGGGAGAGGCUGGAAGCUGCUAAGCAUGGGAGAUGGUUGGUGUUUGAGUUAGGCCUUCGGCACCAAGUUCUAUAUGGUGCCCCACUCAACGGACU